AUGAGUAGCAACAAUAGUGUAAGUGAAAUUAUUGAAAUUGUAACAUCAACAGAUUGUGCAGAUAACCAUAGACUUACAUUUAAAAGUAUUAAUACAGCUUCUAGCACAAAGAAUGUUAAUAAGAAACGUUUAAAUCAUCAAAAGAAGAGUAAUAUAAAAAUUAAUAUAAAUAACUUUUAUUCUAAGGAUGAUAAUUUAUCAAUGGAUUAUUUGAGAAAACAACGUCGAUUGGCAGCAAAUGCAAGAGAACGUAAACGUAUGUGUAAAUUAAAUGAAGCUUUUGAACGUUUGAAAAGUGUAAUACCAACUCUUAGUAAUGAAAGAAAUUUAUCAAAAUUUGAAACAUUACAAUUGGCUCGAACAUAUAUAGCUGCAUUAAUAGAGUUAUUAAAACGUUAA